AUGCCAUUCAACGAUCUUGGGAUGUGCCCAGAUAUGAAUAUGAAUCCUUAUGGAUAUCCAAGCCGGAUGACUGUUGGCAAAUUGAUGGAAAACACGACGGUAAACGAAACACAACGGUAUUUUCAUGCAAAUUGAUC